UGCGUGUCACACCAUACCGACUUUGAAUCUUUGCGGUUAAUACAAUUUAAACCCUAAACCAAACUUCUCUCCCUAUAUACCAGUGUCUACAUCUCCACACACCAAAACAAACAUCUUGCGAUAUCUAGUGACCUCCAAGCUUUUCUUAUUCAAAAACAUUAAAAAAAUAAAAUCAAAACUUGAGAAACAGAGCCCUGCUUUUGCCUAUCUUAGCAAAUUCGAAGUCUGCGUUUUGCUUGGUUUACAAAAUGAUGUAGAGAAGAACCUCCACGAAAGAAAAAUGAAGAUCAUCAAAUUUAGAUAUUCUUUUCUUAGGAAUUUGAAGAAAAAUCGAGAAAAGUUUAAGUUGGAGCUUGAAUUUGUGACAAGGUCUUGGUCUCUAAUGAUGCAAGAUGCAUAUGAACCCGUGGUUCAUGGAGAAGAAAAGAUCAAGAAGGAAGAACUGCAUUUCAAAGUCAAGUCGAAGAGUAUGGAGCCAGAUCAUGACAAGGAAGAGAGGAUCAAGGUCGAGCUUGAAUUGAAGACUAAAUCUGUCGAGAAGGUGAAACCAAAGCAUAUGGAGGAGGAUGAGAAACAUAAAGAGAAGGAUGAGGAGAAAUCGAAAGAGACGAUGGAAGACGAAAAGAAGAAGAAGGAAGAGGUUGAGGGGAAGAAUAAGGACGAAGAGUGUAAAAAUGAUGUAGCGGAAAAGCUCGAGGUUAGUGAAGUUGGUGAGACAACGAAUAAAGAAGAGAAAAAGAAAAACAAGGAUCCAGAGGUGGUAGAAGAAGGUGACAAUGUUGAGACGGAAGAGAAGAAAAACAAAAAGAAGGAUAAGAAAAAAGAUGAGGUAGAAAAAUUUGAAAAGAAGAAGAAAAAGAAAGACAAGGAAAAGGAAAAGGAGCACGAGGUUGAAGAAGAUGAAGGGGCGGGAAAGAAGAAAAAGGAUAAAGAGAAAAAGAAGGAAAAGAAGAAAGAUAACGAGGAUGAACAAAAGAAGGACAAGAAGAAGAAGGAUAAGGAGAAAAAGGAAGAAGAGAAGUCAGAUAAAGAGGAUGAUGUAGAAAAUGCCAAAGAGAAGGAGAAGAAGAAGAAGAAGAAAGAUAAUAAGGAUAAGGAGAAAAAGAAAGACCAGAAGUGUGAUAAAGAGGAUGAGGAAGAAAAUGUCGAAGAGGAGGAGAAGAAGAAGAAGAAAGAUAAGAAGGAUAAGGAGAAAAAGAAAGAAAAGAAGUCGGACGAAGAGGAUGAUGUAGAAGAUGCCAAAGAGGCGAAGGAGAAGAAGAAGAAAGAUAACAAGGAUAAGGAGAAAAAGAAAGAUAAGAAGUGCGAUAAAGAGGAUGACGUAGAAGAUGCCAAAGAGGAGAAGAAGAAAGAUAAGAAGGAUAAGGAGAAGAAGAAAGAUAAGAAGUCGGAUGAAGAGGAUGGAGUAGAAGAUGACAAAGAGGAGAAAAAGAAGAAAAAGAAAGAGAAGAAGGAUAAGGAGAAAAAGAAAGAACAGAAGUCCAAUAAAGAGGAUGAUGUAAAAGAUGACGAAGAGAAGAAGAAAGAUAAGAAGGAUAAGGAGAAAAAGAAAGAGAAGAAACACGAGGAUGAAGAGGAAAGGGAAGAAGUAAGUGAAGAGUUAGAAGAGAUGAACAAUAAGAAUAAAAACAGAGAGAGGAAGUCGAAAUGGAAGGAAGAAGAAGAAGAAGAGAAGAGCAAGAAGAAAGAAACCGAUGAGAAUGAGGAGAAGAAACAUGGAGACAGGGCAAACAAUGUGAAACCCGAGACCGCUAUAGGCUCUAGGGAUCUUCAACUAGAAGAUAUCGAGAAAGAAUCAGAUGGUGGAGAGAAGGAAGAAAACAAGCAGAAGGGUAAAUCAAAAGAAGGAAAAGAGAAAAACAAGAAAUGUGAGAAGAAAACAAAAGGGAAGGCCAAAAGCAAAGAUCUAAGCAAACUGAAACAGAAGUUAGAGAAAAUCAAUAGCAAAAUUGAUGCUCUGCUUGAGAAAAAAGCAGAUAUUUUGAUGGAGAUUAAAGAAGCUGAGGAGAAGGAUAGUGAAGCUGCUGACAAAUGAUGAAUAAUACACACACAUAUACAUAUAUGCAUGUAUGAAACACUCUGUCUAAGGUUCAUACACUCUGAUAUGAAUAAGAUAGCUGCAAAUUUACAUUAUAGUAUUUGUAGAGUUAAAUAUGAUAAUAAUGAAAAGUUCCAGUUAGUAUUGAUGGUAUUGUUGCUAUGACUAUCUAUAUUUAUACACACAUAUAUAUAAUAAGUUAGCAUGUUUUACCAUUGUUAUACAA